AUGGCUACAGACUACGGUGUUAUUGGCCUCGGCAUCAUAGGCUACGGCAUGGCCGCCAACCUGCGCAAGAAGCUGCCAUCCUCCACAACACUUCACGUGUUCGAUAUCAACCAGGAGGUGAUUCAGCGGCUCAUCAAUGAGUUCGGCAGCUACGGCAAGAUCGAAGUUGCGUCUUCAGCAAAGGACCUGGUGUCCAAGGUCGGGACCCUUCUCUCCAGUCUUCCCGCGGGUCCCCAUGUCCGCAAGGUGUACCUGGACCCCGAGAACGGUGUCAUCGCUGGUUCUAAGAACCCUGAUCGACUCUUGAUCGAGUGCAGCACCAUCGAGAUCGAGUCGACAAAGGAGCUUGGAAAGACGAUUACUGAUGCUGGACUCGGAACCUUUGUCGAUGCGACCGUUUCCGGUGGCAUAUGGGGUGCCAAUGCAGGUACACUCUCCUUCAUGGUCGGCCAUGCAGACCCUACCGACAACCCAACCGACAAAGUAGGCAAGCGUAUCUUUGAGACCAUGUCCCUUGUCGGAGUCCCAAGCACGAUCGCCUUCUGCGGCGGCCUUGGCAUGGGCCAGGUCGCCAAGAUCGCACACAACUACAUCACCCUGGCGAACAACCUUGUCGCAACCGAGGGCAUGGCCAUCGGCCUCAAAUACGACAUCGACAAGAAGGCUCUGUUCAAGUGCAUCCGUGAGGGCACUGCCAACUCGUGGGUCAUGGGUCUCGAACAGCCCGUCCCUGGACUUGUUCCCGAGGCGCCCUCUAGCAACAACUACAAGAGGGCAUUUGCGCCAGCUCUGAGCGUCAAGGAUCUCACAAUCGGUAUUAAUGCGGCGAAGAAGGUUGGGGUCAACCCGACAGCUGGUGAGGCCGCUAUCAAGCUUUCCGGGAAGUUGAUGCUGACACUCGCACUCACGUCCUGGAUCACACAUCUCUCUGGCUACAUGUUUACGGCAACCUUGACGAGUGGGCUAAGGAGAACCUGA